CCGCCGUAUGCACCGAGUCGGCAUCGCGACCCGCGCCGCGAUCGCUGCGACCACCGCGGCGACCUCCGCGGCAUCGACGACUCCGACGGCCAUGCGCGUCGCGAUGUCCGCCGCGCCCGCGCGCGCCACCGUCGCGGCGCGAGGAAACAACACGUCACGCCUCGCCACAAUCCGCGCGAGGAUGGCCCCUCGCGGCAUCCACCACGCCGCGUCCCCCCUCGUGUGCGCCGCGGCUCCCGCGACGACCGCCGAGGCCGGUACCGAGGCUACCCCCAAGACCGAGCGCCGCAAGCGCGUCCUCUCCGGCGUCCAGCCCACGGGCUCCAUCCACCUCGGUAACUACUUCGGCGCGAUCAAAAACUGGGUGAAGAUGCAGGAGGAGUUCGACGCCUUCUACUGCGUCGUCGACCUCCACGCCAUCACCGCCGGAGCUCACGACCCGAAGGAGCUCAUCAAGUCGACCCGGUCGUCCGCGGCCAUCUACCUCGCCGCCGGGCUGGACCCCGAGCGCUCCAACGUCUUUGUCCAGUCGCACGUGUCGGCGCACUCCGAGCUGUGCUGGCUGCUCAACUGCGCGACCCCAAUCGGCUGGCUCGAGAAGAUGAUCCAGUUCAAGGAGAAGGCGCGCAAGGCUGGCGAGGACGUGAGCGUGGGUCUGUUGGACUAUCCGGUGCUCAUGGCGAGCGAUAUCCUGCUCUACAACGCGGACAUCGUGCCCGUGGGCGAGGAUCAGCGGCAGCACCUGGAGCUCACUCGCGACAUCGCCGGGCGCGUCAACAACCUGUACGGAGGAGGGAAGUGGAAGAAGAUGGGCCCGAAGGGAUCCAGGGCACCCUCGGGAAGGUUCAGGGGCGGGGACAUCCUGCGCGUCCCCGACGCUUACAUCCCUGAGGCUGGCGCGAGGGUCAUGUCACUGACGGACGGUUCGGCGAAGAUGUCCAAAUCGAACCCGGCGGAGGGCUCGAGGAUCAACGUGCUGGACACCCCGGACGAGAUCGCGAAGAAGAUCAAGCGAUGCAAGACGGACGCCGUGGAAGGGCUGGAGUUUGGCGACCCAACGCGACCGGAGGCGACCAACUUGCUCACCAUCUACCAGCUGUGCACGGGCAUGACCAAGGAGGAGGUGCUCAAGGAGUGCGGCUCGAUGCGGUGGGGCGAUUUCAAACCGGCGCUCACCGACGCCGUCGUCGAGCACCUCUCGCCGAUCCAGGCGCGUUACGCGGAGAUCAUGCAGGAGGAGGGGUACCUGGACGGGGUGCUCAAGAGGGGCGCGGACGCGGCGAACGAGGUGGCGGAGAAGACGGUGGCCGACGUGAGGGACGCGAUGGGUUUCAUGGAGAGGAUUCGAUGAGUUCGACGCGUUUUAUAGAGACGUUCGUUUACACGUAGAGACGUUCAUUUAAACAUCGGACCUCCGCGUCCGUAUCACAGCUC